AUGCAGCCUCACCACAUCCAAAAAAACUGGAAUACCGAUACAAGAUUACUUCCCCACCAUACCCUGCCAACUACCAAAUCCACUCAACCUUAACAAAAUAACAGAAAAAGAUUGCCAACAAAAUCCCACAAUUCAAGGAACUACUAGUACAAUUCAACCACAAAUACUCCAAGCCAUUAAAACAAAACCAAAUACCCAAAUUCCCCUGGAUUUUGAAUCAAAUCCCCCCCAAAUAUACCAACUAUAAUACUAGUAAUACAACUAAAAACCAACUAUUUUCUAACCACAACUCCCAGUCAAAAUUAUCUCCAAUGGUAAAAAAUGACACACGAAUUCAAGUUGGAGAUAAAGUACAAACAAAUCCCACAGUACAACCUAAUAUAGAUUUCAAUAAUCCGAUGCCCCAAAAAGAAACCUUUAAAACCCAAUCACUAUCAGCCCAAACACUUACAGAUUUCACAAAAUCUACUAGCAAAGAUGUCACAAUUCAACAAUCACCCUUACCAUCACCUCAGACAUAGUGUACUCCAAAGUCACAAUCAAAGGUUCACCACAGGCAACACCUCCCACCCUCAUCAACUGAUGAGAAACAACUUCAAUCACCAACCAAAUCCUCUCCCGAACUUCCAACCCUUGUACCAACCACCCCCUCCACACGACAACUUCCAACCUCCAACCUCCAGAAAUGUCAGCUUAUAUUUCUCGAAACCCAGCUUUCCAGUACCUUACGAAUCCUCUAAAGCCAUUCGAUCACAAUUAAUCGACUCUGAAUGCUCACUUACUAGCAACCUUCCCACGCUCAGUUCAAACAUCGCCUUAUGCAACGUGGGAGGGUAUGCUCGACCUCCCCCUGAACGAAAACAACCCCACCCCACUGCCAACUCUAAUAGAGGAGAGGUUGACAAAUAGUCUAAUAAGACUAGCCUCGACUCAGCUAGAACUAACACAGGAGCUGACUACGCUAGAGUUCUACCACCUACUCCACUUUCCCUCCCCACUGUCCAACCUGAAUACCCAACAUCUCUAUCUUAUACACCAGUUGAACAGCUUUGUUCACUCCUCCUUACAACAAAUCCUAAACAUGCAAUCCCCAAACCAUCCAGACGAGGAAUUCAUGGACAGCGAGGAGGACGCGAAUAUGGAGGACCAAGUAGUCCCAAAAAUACCAAUGAGUCAACCAUCACCCACUAUACACCAACAUCAACCACCACCACAGAGAGAAGAGGAACCAAACACCCUAGAACCCCUAGCUCAAACUCUCUAUCUGAGGAGUCCACUGACACUAGACAUGUUACUAAAUAUUGAAAAGAAAUUCUUAAUCAAUGUCCCACAGGAGGUGACCAAAGCAGAUCUAAACAUACGCUGCUACAACUCUCAACAACCACUGAAGUAUGUGGCUUCAGUUAUUCCAAUAAUCAAGAACAAACAAACUUUGGAAAUGGAGAAUACAGAAGAAAUGCAAGCAACUGUGAACCUGGAAAUGGCUCUAACGCCAGGAGGGAGCUCCAACUCGCCAGAAUUAAUGAAGAUUUUUCUUUGGAAUUGUAGAGGAGCAAAUAAUGCUAAAUUUAUGAAUAACAUACGUGCUCUUAUAUAUAGCCACAAUCCAACUAUAUUGGCCCUUACUGAAACUAGGAUGGAGGAUCAUGACAAGAUACUGCAAGCACUAGACUACACAGAUGUUAUACAAGUCCCAGCUUUUGGCUAUUCUGGAGGGAUUGCACUACUCUGGAGGAACUCAGAAAUCAAUGUGGAGCCAUUCAUGAUAACAGAACAGGAAAUACAUGUCACUAUUAAGGUCGCUGCUACUACAAUGGGAAGAUCAUCCCUGAAGCUCAUUCCGAGGGAGGCUAAUGCAGUAGCAGACUUGCUAGCUAAAUACGGAAGGACAACGAAGGAUCCACACAUGAUCUACAAUCAACCUUAUAUUUUUGCAACAUCUCCUUCUCUUGUAACAAAUGCUCUCGAAAGAGAUGUGAAUGAAACUAUAUCCCAUAGACUAGUUCCACUUUUGUAUGGAUAAACCUUCUUAUUAAAUAAAUAAAAUCCUUCCGUUCUUAAGCAAAAAAAAAGUUGAUUGGAGCAAAACUCUUACACCCUGCUUGGAUCAUUGUUAUCCAUGAUUUCAUAAUGUAUUGUAUUGUAUUGUACUCUAUUGUACUGUAUUGUAUAUAUAAUGUUUGGUUAGACUGUAUUGUUUGCUGUUUAAUAACAUU